GCAAAUGUCUCCCGGCAUUCUAUAUCGUACAACACAUCCCGCAAUCCUGGUUGCUGCUGUUUUCGAACCACGUACUUACAUAAACGACCAGACUGGGUAAAAAAAUACAAGUGGUAUUGAGCAUCGUUUCGGCCAGCAAGCACUUGGGAGAAGUUCCGGGACAACAAUUCAGUCAUGGAGUACACCAGACUUGGCAAGAGCGGCCUUAAGGUGUCCAAGAUAAUUCUUGGAUGCAUGUCCUUUGGCUCGAGCAAAUGGGAAGGAUCGCCAUGGGUUCUGGAUGAAGAGGAGAGCUUCAAGGUCAUCAAAGCGGCCUGGGAUGGUGGCAUCAACACAUGGGAUACCGCCGACACGUACUCCAACGGCAAGUCAGAAAUAAUACUCGGAAAAGCCAUGAAGAAGUUCAAUAUCCCAAGAAGCAAAGUUGUCAUCAUGACAAAGAUAUUCAACCCUGUCAUGGACGAUGACUCUCGGCCGGCAUCUGUUAACGACGGCCCAUUGGUGAACCAGAUGGGCUUGAGCCGGAAGCACGUAUUUGAUGCCGUUGAUCGAUGCUUGGAGAGGCUUGGCACGGAUUAUAUCGACGUGCUUCAAAUUCACCGCCUCGAUCGCGAGACAGAGCCCGAAGAGAUCAUGCGGGCCCUGCACGAGGUCGUCAUAAGCGGCAAGGUCCGCUACAUCGGAGCCUCAAGCAUGUACACGUGGGAAUUCGCCCGCCUGCAGUACACGGCCAAACUCAACGGCUGGACCGAGUUCAUCAGCAUGCAGCCCUUCUACAACCUACUCUAUAGGGAAGAGGAGCGCGAGAUGCUGCCCUUCUGCCAGGCUACCGGAGUCGGCGUAAUACCGUGGAGCCCGCUUGCCCGAGGUAUGUUGGCCAAGCCGGUCAGCAAAGAUGGGAAGGAGGCGGAGAAGUCUCUAAGGAGUGCCUCAGACGCCAAGACGCAGAAGUGGUUUGCCGACGCGAACUUGGAUAUCGUUGAUGCUGUGGAGAAAGUGGCUAAGAACAAGGGCGUCAGUAUGCCGUUAGUGGCUACGGCAUGGGUGCUGCAUAAAGGCUGCUCACCUAUUGUAGGUCUCAGCAGUGAAAAGAGGGUGCAGGAGGCCAUUGAUGCGUUGAAGGUCAAGUUGACGGAUGAGGAUAUACAAUCAUUAGAGGUUAGCUAUAGGCCACGCAACAUCGAAGGGAUGUAG